AUGCUGCGCCAUUUUCGAAUAGAUGACAGAUGCCAUCAAAUAUAUCCCCAGCUAGAAGAGACAGACGAACACACUGCAAAUAAGCUAACCGUUGAUACUGCUCCUUCGAUCUCAUCGAGAACCAAGAAGUACAAGAAAAGAGGAACCAUGAGCAACAACCAACAGCCCCAGUCUCCCCGUCAUUGGCAUGGCACUGUCGGUGAUCGCUACGAGCAUCUCAAUGUCUGGGUGCGAGGGGGUCCUCCUGAGACCUACCGCCGGCCUUCGAUCCCUACCACCACCGCUGCCACUGCCACUUCCGACAGACGUGGCUCUGAUUCAUCGGAUAUGUCUUCCAACUCUGCCAAUCUGAGCAACAGCCCUCCCCCUAGCGUUGGGGAUAGAAGACGCUCAACCGGCCAUGGCGCAUCCAGCCUAUUUGAGAGUCUGACAAGUCAGAAGCGCAACUCUACUGACCAGACUCUCAAUACACGCCGUGAAAGCUGGAACGAGCAGGGCCAGCAGGGCGGAUUCUUCGCCAAGUGGUGGGAUGGAUACACGAGAGGAGGUAGUAAAUAA